AUGGCAUCUCUCCCGCGCGUUGCCGCAGCCACUAGCUCGACGGCCAUUCGCUUUUUUGGCUUCAUAUUUCUCAGAUGGAUCCCUGGUCAUCACUUUGUACCCAUCAUCUUUACCUCGUUAGUGGUGUAUUUGACAUCCCUUGUCUCACUGGGCAGAGGUGACCAGCCAUCCUCCAACCGCUCGAAGAAGAACACAAGAAGCUCUAAAAGUACUCGAGCGUCAAAAACUGCAAAGUCCGGUGAUUCCGUACUGAAGACCCUCUUGACAGGCCUCCCUUCCAGGCGGUCGCGACUCUCAACCUGGACAACGGCUUUGAUCAACGUCGCGGUGGCAUUGCUAACCCUCGACUUUUUGAUUCGAGGCUUGGUUCUCUAUCCAAGCACAGAUGUAUCCUUUUCUCGAAUUGGUUAUGUCUCGCCAACCACGGCCAACCUGCUCCUUCGCGAGCCGGAUCAAAGUCAAUUGCCCGUGAUAGUCUCUUACCAAGAGGCUUCUUCAUCCUCCCAGAAAUGGACUCAAGAGGGGACGGUAUACAAGCUGGACAACAGCACUGAUUAUACAGCUGCCGUGACAUUGAGGAAUUUGAAGCCCUCAACUGAAUACAGGUACUCGCUAUCAAACAAUAAAACCGGCAGGUUUAUGACGGCACCACGGCCUGGAUCCCCCGCAGCCAACAGGCUAUCCUUCGUCACAUCAAGCUGUAUAAAGCCAAACUUCCCGUACAACGUUCUCUCGCAUCCAUUAAAGGUUCCCGGUAUUGAGCAGAUGACGGAGGCACUUGGAAAGUUGCUGCGACCAGCUUUUAUGCUAUUCCUGGGUGACUUUGUUUAUAUCGACGUGCCCUUCCGAUUCGGCUCUUCCAUGGACCACUAUCGCAGCGAGUACCGACGGAUCUACUCCUCGCCAUCAUGGGCAGCAGCCUCAAUCGACGGCCCUGCCAUCGAUCUUCCUUGGAUCCAUACCCUAGACGACCAUGAAAUUGAAAACGACUGGUCGCAGGGUAACAAGACGGCACCUUACCCAGCAGCAGCAGAUCCAUUCUUGCACUAUCAUGUCGCCGCCAACCCACCAGUCCCGGAGAAAGCGUUCGCUCAUCCCGAUGAUGUCACUUAUUUCUCCUUCGUCAACGGACCAGCCUCAUUCUUCAUGCUUGAUACUAGAACCUAUCGCUCCGAGCCGUCGCAGGAUAACUCUACUAUCCUCGGUUCUGCACAACUCCAAUCACUCCUGGCAUACCUCUCUACCCCAGAGCCAGCCGGAGUUCAUUGGAAAUUUAUCAGCUCCAGCGUCCCAUUCACCAAAAACUGGCACGUCGGCACGACAGAUACAUGGGGCGGUUUCCUGAACGAGCGCCAAACCGUCUUUGAAGCAAUGUGGCACGCUGAGCGAGAACUCGGCGUUCGCGUCGUUCUUCUAAGCGGCGAUAGACACGAAUUCGGCGCCACUCGCUUCCCUGACCCCGGUCUUCAGCUAUCUUCGUCUGAGUUACAGCCUGACACUGCCGGUUUGGGUGUUCACGAGUUCAGCGUUGGCCCGCUUAGCAUGUUCUACCUUCCCGUCCGCUCGUAUUAUCAGACAGAUGACGAGGAUGUCUCUGUCAAGUACGCACCGGAUGGGAAUAGUAAAUUUGGAUACCUUGAUAUUGCCGAAGGCGUGGAAAACGCUGAUCCUACCACUUCAGCACCUACCCCCUUGCGAAGUUCGAUACUGACAUACUCGUUGUAUGUGGAUGGUGAGGUUGUUUGGAAGUACCGUCUCAGUGUUCCUCUGGGGCCGCAUGCUGGUGUUCAAGCAACCCAAGACUCUGGUAAGAAAGUUCACCUCCCACCGGGACGGGUCUUGGAGGAUAGGCUUGGCAAGAAGGGCUGGGAUGUUGCGUUCAAGACUGCUAUUGGUAGAACGGAGGAGCUGGCGCGUUCUUGUUUUGAUAUAGCCAUUGCGGGUUAUUAUACCCUUUUGAACAGACUGCAGGCUCCGGAGAGAGACGAUUAG